CAUCGCUUUCGUACGAACCCGACACCCUUGACACAACCACCAUGGACAGUUCGUCGAACGGCGCUAUUACUUCACCAAGUCCUGCAAUGUCAGCACCGUGCAAGAGAAAACAAGCACCACUUGAGGUUUCUAUGGACAAAGAAGACGAAGGAGUGAGGAUAGCAUUGCUUUCGUGGCUUAACAAGCGCCAUACUGGCUCACAAGAUGAUAGAGCCAGUCCUUUAACUCCUUCAGAAGCGCUAUUCUGCUCCACUUCUCAAGAUAAUGGUGCACCAAACGUGAGGAUCACCGUCCAAUUCUCGGCACCUCCGCAAAAACGCACUUCGAGAUAUUUGUGCGAGGGCGAUCGACGAGAAAUUAUCAAGCGGAUUGACGACGGUGAACAACAAGCGGCACUUGCAACGGAGUUCAAUGUCAGCCGUGCUGCAGUCUGCAAUCUAUACAAAAAUCGCUGGGACGUUCUCAACCGCGAAGUCGCUGAUCCGAAAGCCAAGCACCCGAAGAAACCCCGUUACAGAAAAUCUAUCCCGUUGCUAACUUCAUCGACCAAUACUGCAGCAUUUGUUGUCGAACGGAUGACAAACUCGUCAGCUAUUUCACCCAUGCUGGCUAAUCCUCCAGUGAGCCUCAGCAAUGCAAGCGUACACUCAUCAGUACAGUCCGAGAUUUCGCCGAGUGGAGAGGAUAAGAUUCGAGCAGUAGCUACCGGUCAAGAUCAUCGUCGAGAUCAGCAGGACCAACUACAAGAUCAACGCAGCCAGUCGAAGCAGUGUGGCACAUUGAGCAACUUGGCGGAAUCCAGACCAUUUUUCGUCCAUGAAGCCUCAGCGCACUCCCGUCCGUGCAGGAACUUGGUCGCGGCGUUACGAGAUAAAGACAUCAGCUCAAUACUAUUCCAGCAGCGAGCGACACGCUUGGUGAGGCUCCUGAUCGAAGAAGCGCUCACAUGUUUGCCGCACGACAGCAAAAACGUCACGAACCAUUAUGGAGAUAUCUGCUGUGUGACGAAAACACUAGACGAACGCGAUAUCUGUGGGGUUUCUAUGGAAGGCCGCGGCAGUGUGUUGCUCCGAGCGUUCUCGGACAUUAACCCGGCAUCGCUUGCGGGUAUCGUGUCCAUUGAUAAGCGGGAUGAUGGUUCGCUAUCGUCUGUGAAGGCACACCUGCCGACUAUCAGGAUGAACCAAGUCGUCUUCCUCUUCGACAUCCAAUGUAUUACCGGAGCUGCCGCGUGUACUGUGCUCCAUUAUCUUACUCAAGAUGAAGAAAUCGCUGCUGAUCAGAUAUAUUUCGUAACAUUGAUCAGCUCUUUCGAAGGUUUGAAACAAGUGUUCAAGAAUUUCCCCGGUAAGCCACUUGCACAUUCAGCUUAA